AUGAGUAGUGUACAAGACACCGGUCCUGAGACAUUUCAACAAUUUCCUUCGAAUAGGAUUAUAGUAAUUCAUCCUGGUUCUUUCUACGUUCGUAUAGGUAGAGCUUCGGAUCUACUGCCUGUAAGACAACUACACUGCAUUGCAAGAAAACGUCGCCCUGAAGGUAAAAUAUAUCGAGAUUCUUUCGUUCCACCAAGUGUUCCUAAAACUAAAGAACUUAUUGAAGAAUUAGAAGAAUGUCGCUUGCAAAUAUCUCAUACUCUACAAUCAUGCAUGCAGUCAAAUGGAGCAAGAAGAUAUGCUACACCACCACAACAAAUAGCUGCUUUCAAUCGUAGAUCAUUACCUGAAGCUGUAAGUGAUGGUGAGCCAUGGCCUCAAGUUGAGUGUGAUAUUAUAAUAGGAGAUUUAGUCCUUGAUGUAGAUCCGGAAUUACCAUAUAAUAUACAUUUUCCAUAUAAAAGAGGAGAUUUUAACAUACAUUCUGAAGUAGGUGGUUCUAUUUCAUCAGUUUUAAAUGAUUUAUAUACAAUUUGGAGCUCUAUAAUUGAAUAUAAAUUAGGAAUAGCACUCAUUGAACUUGUGAAGUACCGUUGUGUUUUACUAAUACCAGACAUUUACAAUAGAAGUCAUUUAAAAUAUUUAAUGUCACUUUUACUUAGAGAUUUAGGUUUUGGUGACUGUUUUCUAGUCCAGGAAAGUGUUGGUGCCACAUUUGGGGCAGGUAUAGGAUCAGCCUGUGUUGUGGAUAUUGGAGACCAAAAGACUGCAAUAUCAUGCGUUGAAGAUGGCAUUUCACACAAGACCACACGGUUACGUAUGGAUUAUGGAGCUGGGGAUGUCUGCCAAGCUUUAUCAUGGAUGUUUCAUAAAAGUGCAUUUCCCUACAAAGAUUGGAAUGAAAAUAUACCUAGAGAUGUUAUUUUAAUGAGGAAUCUUUAUCAUGAUUUUUGCCAUGUAAAUCUUGAUGUUUGUGGGCCUCAAGAAAAAACAUUUUUAGUAGACCAUCCUGGUGACAUUGUUAAUAAAUACACUUUACAAGUAGGUGAUGAAUGUAUUAUAUCACCACUGGCACUCUUUUACACUGAUUUAUUAAAAAUUACAGGAAUAAAAACAACAAAAAUUCAAAAUCGCCAACCAAGUGACCCAGAAGAUCCAUUUGAUGCUGAAUUUUUAAGAGAAACAGGAAGAAAAAAGGAAGUAGUUGAUCCAUCUGCAGCUGAGCAACAAACAGAAACAGCAAAUGAAGCUCAGCCUUCAACUAACACGGAAGAAGACAUUGUUGUUGAUACAUUAGAAGGAGGGCCGGGAGACAUUGUCACUUUAGCUCCUGGUCAAGUUUUAAGCUUAGAUGCAGCUAUAUUACAAAGUAUAGAUCGAUGUCCUAAUGAAGAACUUAAAAGAAAAAUGUACAGUAGUAUUCUCAUUGUUGGAGGAGGUGUUAAAGUUCUUGGACUUAACCUAUGGUUGCAAAAUAGACUUGCAUUACAAAUUCCAUAUGCAUAUAAAACUGAACAAUUAGAAAUAGUAACAUCACCUAAAGAUAUUGAUCCUGCUAGUACCGUAUGGAAAGGAGCAGCUGUGAUGUCAUGUUUAGAAUCUGCUAUUGAGCUGUGGAUAAAUCAGAGUGAAUGGAACAAACACGGACUUAAGGUUUUGCGGGAAAGAGCACCAUUUAUUUGGUGA